UUGGCGCUGCUAGCAAUUCAGACGAGCGCCAUUAGCCUAUUGAUCACUCACAGCCGGAAACCUUCACAAGACGAUCCAGGCAAACCCAUCUAUGCCAUCUCGACCGCGGUCCUCUUGGGAGAGCUAUUGAAAGGCGCUACUUCCACUUUGGCAGUCCUCUUGCAAAGGCUCCACCAUCACUAUCACGAGGGCUCCGCAGGAGAGAAGCGGAGCGCAACGCGAAGAUUGGCGCGGGUGUUGCCAAUUGCUGUCUCGGAAGCCCUUGAAGAACUCAAUAUCAAGAGCGGUCUCAGUCUGUCCAUACCGGCAGUCUUGUACGUAGUGCAGAGCAACCUACAAUUCCUUGCGGCUUCGUCUCUCGGCGCGGCUCAGUACCAGAUCCUGUCACAAAUCAAGAUCAUCUCCACCGCAAUUUUCUCGGCUUGCCUGCUUGGACGCGCAUUGACCAAGCGUCAAUGGGGUAGUGUCAUGGCGUUGGCUGCAGGGGUGGCGGUGGUACAAAUAUCGACGGCAAACACAUCGAGAGCAUCCGAUUCGAACUCGAACUCCCUGAUAGGAUUUGCUGCGGUCGUGAUGGGCUGCACGCUCUCCGGAUUUGCAGGGGUGCUUACCGAAAAGAUCCUCAAGCGAUCGACGGCCAGCAUAUUUGCUAGCAACUUUCACAUGUCUUGCUUCAGCAUUGUGCCAGCGCUCGUCAUGGUCUGCUUGGAAGGCUUGCAUGCAGCUUCCAGGUCGGUCGAGUACUCGGCAAACGGCCUGCAAUCUGGUUGGAACCCCAUGCGAGGCUUCGGACUCAUGGCUUGGUCGGUCGUCAUCCUCAACGCUGCAGGAGGGUUGCUGGUCUCCGCAUCUGUCAAGUGGGUGGACAGCAUAGCAAAGACGUUUGCCUCGUCGCUCGCUAUCCUCAUUAGCCUGGUCAUCACCUACUUGUUCAUCGACUCGAAAAUGCCAGCAAAUGUCGGCUUACUAGCGGGUACUCUGGUCAUUCUCUGCUCCGCGCUCUGUUUCAGCAGAGACGCUGUGAACGCGACAGCAAGUCGGACUGGCUACACA